AUGGAUGUGAAUUCGCAUAUCUCGGCGGAGGGGGACAAUCAGGAUUUGACAGAAGAAAGGGGAAGAGGAGAUUUCUCAACGGAAGAAAUGGCUCGACUCGUUUAUGGAAGACAAUUGGCUGAGAAGAGGAGGAAAAUCACCGAAUAUGUCCAGAGGAAUCCUGUAUUACAUGACGCUGGCGAGCAGGCAUUUAUGACAAGGGAACAGAAAUAUGACGAUGCUGCUAGAAAGACCUCGGAAAUCUUCCGUCGUCUCGAAGAGUUUGGAACGUAUCCUGGAGAGGAGUCAUUUGCCCAUGUCAUCAAUGAGGUAAUCGGAAUCGAUGGCUACCCCCUAGCCCUCCAACAUGUCAUGUUUCUGCCUGCACUCCUUGGCCAGGGUGAUGAACAACUAAAAGCCAAAUACGCAGCCCGAGCGCAACGCGGGGAGAUUAUCGGAACGUACGCGCAGACCGAGAUGGGUCAUGGCACAAAUCUGCGUGCCCUGGAGACGACAGCCCAUUACGAUAAGAAAACGCAGGAAUUUGUGAUCAAUUCCCCCACUACCUCUUCCAUUAAAUGGUGGCCCGGAAACUUGGGAAAAUCGUCGAGCUAUGCAAUUGUGGCCGCCCAGCUCCAUAUUGACGGCAAAUCGAUCGGGCCGCAUAAUUUUUUGGUGCAAUUGAGAUGUGAAAAGACGCAUCAGCCGUUGAAAGGAAUUCUCGUCGGAGAUAUCGGCCCGAAAAUCAGCUACAACACGACGGAUAACGGGUUUUUAAAAUUGGACCAUGUGAGGAUACCUAGAGAGCAAAUGCUGAUGAAACACGCCAAGGUACUUCCAGACGGUACCUACGUGAAGCCGCCGCACGCCAAGAUUGGCUACGGCGCUAUGGUGCAUGUCAGAUCUCACAUGAUCCGCGCGCAGGCCCAUAUGUUGGCGAUGGCCAUCACAAUUGCCAUCAGAUAUUCGGCGAUCAGAAGGCAAGGAGAGAUCAGGAAUGGUGGCGGUGAGGUCAAAAUUCUGGACUACCAAACACAACAACACCGUCUAUUCCCGCAACUCGCCCGCACUUAUGCCUAUUUCUUUGCUGGAGCUGAAGUCGUGGCGCUUUACCAGAAAACACUCGAGAAAAUCGAUGAGGGAGAUGUAACGCUUAUGACGGAUCUGCACGCCGUCACCUCGGGGAUGAAGGCUGUCGUUUCGUUUGAGACCGGAAACGCAAUCGAACAGUGCCGUAUGGCUUGCGGUGGCCAUGGAUACAGCGCGGCCAGCCGUUUUCCAGAGAUUUACGGCGUGCAAAUCGGCGGUUGCACGUACGAGGGCGAGAAUAUGGUGAUGCUCCUUCAGCUGGCGAGAUAUUUGAUGAAAGCCGCCGAUCAAUGCCAGAAAGGACAGAAACUGUCGCCACUUUUGGAGUAUUUAAAGGGGAAGGAGAAGAAGUCGAGGUUGUCGGAUGCCGAGGAUAGGGAGAAACUCGUCAAGGCAUUCGAGUACGUCUCCCGUUCGGUCGUCUUCCGCGCCCACGAACGGCUAGCCGCGCUCCAGAAAAGUGGAAUGUCCGCAGAAGCUGCUUGGCAGGCGAACGCGGUCGAGAUGACGCGUGCUUCUCGUGCUCACACGCGCCUCUUCAUCGCCCAGGCCUUCCAUCAGAAAGUGUUGAGCGUGAAGACGGCCGACAGGAAGAUCAACAACGUCUUGGAUCAAUUAUGCGCGCUAUUCCUGAAUUAUGAACUUCUCGAUAUGAGCCAUUAUCUCUUGGAGGAUCAAUACAUGACGACAAAGCAGAUUGGCAUCAUCCGCGAGAAUGUCUAUCGUCUGCUGAAGGAUUUGAGGCCCAAUGUCGUAUCGCUGGUGGAUUCGUUCGAAAUUUCUGACCGCGAGCUGCGCAGCGUGCUCGGGCGGCGUGACGGAAAUGUGUAUGACAAUCUGCUGAAAUGGGCGCAGUCGAAUCCGCUGAAUAAGGAGGAUGUGCUGCCCGGCUUCAAGACCAGCCUGCAGCCGAUGAUGGCCAGAGCCCGCGAGGCCAGCAAGCUU